UCCCGCAUAUGUGAACGGCACCCCGGUGUGUUUGGAUGCAAAGCCAGCCCACAGACUGACAGCUCGAAGCUCGGAAUGUUACGUGUUUUUGGAGGAAAGCCUGUUUGAAUACGAUGGACCUCCGGACAACUGGGUGAACAGCACAAACAGAGACUGCUGGGAGCAUUUUAAUCUGUCGCCGAUUUGGGGUUACGGAUCUUAAUUGUACCCAAACCAUACGCCCAUGCAACGAUGUCAGUGGAUGUUGCUGCCCUCAAUCCAGAUUUUCAUUUACUCUCCUGGAAUUGAUCAUAGCUGUUGACAACAUCUCUUAGUAUAGCGAGAGAAACCUCUGGAUUUAUUCACAAGUUAUCCACUUAUCAGGACCUCUACAUGCUGAAGACAUCUUUCUGCAAAUUUUCAUAACACCUGCUGUUUUUUUUUAGACACACACAGAUUAAUAUCUUGUGAGACUUGUUAGUGAAUUGGAAGCACUGUUUGGCAGGUAAAAUCACAGAUCUGCUGAAGAAACAUUGUUUGACCUGAUGUACAUUGACCCUGAAUGAACUUGCCUUUUGGGAAUACAUGUUACUUACACAGUGUGUAUCAACAUCACAGCAGCAGCCGGUGACAGUGUUUGAUGUAGAUUUUGCAGCAAGAUGUGGUGAUGGGGGAGAACAGUUGCAGCUCUGCGAUCCUCUGAUCCUUCUCUGGUGGUCGAGGACACCUCGUCCCAGUCAAUGGGCCCUGAAUGGAUUUUAUACGUGAGUUGACAAAGGGCAGACCUAAAGCAUCAAACAGCAGUCAGGCUGCCAUGAACCCAUACGGCAGAGCGAGCAGUACAGCAGCCCCUCUGUCCUGCACCAGCUGUGGGGGCUGCUGCUCACCGCCUCCCCCUUGCCUAAUUACCCCUGGACCCCCCUCCUCUACUACCUCCUCCUUAUCCAUUCCCCUGAAUAUGACCCCUCCGCCACCGAUGUUUCCUGCCCCACUCGUGCAGGUGGAGAACGGUAGCUGGAACUCCUCCACCACCUCUGGUUCCCCAGACUCCCACCCGGGUCACCGAUGUGGGGCAAAUAAUCCCAACCCCUAUUGGACGGCAGUGUUUGACUAUGAAGCCACAGCAGAUGAGGAGCUAACCCUGCGACGUGGGGACCUACUUGAGGUUCUUUCCAAAGACUCCAAAGUGUCUGGGGAUGAGGGUUGGUGGACAGGCAAGAUCCAGGACAAAGUGGGUAUCUUUCCAAGCAACUAUGUCACCAGGGGAGAUACAGCCAACUACCAGCAGCUGACUGCAGGAGGGCUGGUGGUAGGUGGGGUGGGUGAAAGCCCCUUGGAGAUUGACUUCUCAGAACUACUCUUGGAGGAAGUAAUAGGAGCUGGCGGGUUUGGGAAGGUUUACAAGGGAGUGUGGCGAGGAGAGGAAGUCGCUGUAAAGGCCGCCAGGCAGGAUCCCGAUGAGGAUAUUAGUGCUACAGCAGAGAGCGUGCGGCAGGAGGCCAGGCUGUUCUGGAUGCUCAGGCACCCCAACAUUAUUGCUCUCCGUGGAGUCUGCCUGCGGGAGCCAAACCUGUGCUUGGUGAUGGAGUACGCCAGAGGAGGGGCUCUGAACAGGGCACUGGCGGGAAAGAAGGUUCCCCCAAGAGUUUUGGUGAACUGGGCAGUCCAGAUUGCAACAGGGAUGGAUUACCUGCACAACCAGGCAUUCGUAUCCAUUAUCCACAGAGACCUCAAGUCCAGCAAUAUCCUCAUUUUGCAGCCAGUGGAACGGGAUGACCUGAGCGGGAAAAUCCUCAAGAUCACAGACUUCGGUCUGGCCAGAGAGUGGCACCAGACCACCAAGAUGAGUGCUGCUGGGACCUAUGCCUGGAUGGCCCCAGAGGUCAUCAAGCUCUCGCUCUUCUCUAAGAGCAGCGACGUGUGGAGUUUUGGUGUUUUACUCUGGGAACUGCUGACUGGAGAGGUUCCUUACCGGGAGAUAGAUGCGCUGGCGGUAGCUUAUGGUGUCGCCAUGAACAAGCUGACGCUUCCCAUCCCUUCAACUUGCCCUGAACCUUUUGCUCAGCUUCUGGGAGAGUGCUGGAGCCCCAACCCCCAUGGCAGGCCCUCAUUCACUAGCAUCCUGAGGCGACUGCUGGCUAUUGAACAGUCAGCCAUGUUUCAGAUGCCUCUGGAGUCUUUUCACUCCUUACAAGAAGACUGGAGAGUGGAGAUCCAGCAGAUGUUUGAUGAGCUAAGGGCCAAAGAGAAGGAACUGAGGUCCUGGGAGGAGACGUUGGCCCGGGCGGCAGAGGAGCAGAGGGAGCAGGAGGAGCAGCUGAGGAGGAGAGAGCAAGAGCUGGCAGAGAGGGAGAUUGACAUUGUUGAGCGAGAGCUGAACAUCAUCAUCCAUCAGAUGUACCAGGAGAAACCCAGUGUCAAGAAGAGAAAGGGUCACUUUAAGAAGAGUCGACUGCUGAAACUCGGCAGAGACAGCAACUGCAUUAGCCUGCCAUCUGGAUUCGAGCAUAAGAUCACAGUGCAGGCGUCACCCAGUGUGGACAAGAGGAAGAACCAGGGGAGCGAGAGCACCACCCCACCUGCCAGCCCGGGUGUUAUACCCCGCCUGCGAGCCAUUAGAUUGACGCCGAGUGAUGGCAGUAAGACGUGGGGCCGCAGUGCUGUUUGUAAGAAGGAAGACCUGACAACCAGCAAGAAGAAAGGACGCACCUGGGGUCCUAGCUCCACUCACCAGAAAGAGCGGGUCGGAGGAGAGGAGAAGUUGAAAUCACUUGGUGAAGGAUGCAAAGUCUAUUCAUCAAGUGCCCCAAAUUUGGGCAAGUCCCCUAAACAUGCACCUAUGACUGCUGGCUUCCCCAGCUUGAAUGAAAUGGAGGAAUGCUGCGAAUUUGAGGAAUCACCAGGAUCUUUACAGCCUUCAGAGACCAGCAGUAACGGAGCUGUGGAGGACUCAGGGUCUCUAUGGAGCAGCCUGGGGCCCAACACUAUGUCUGCUGUUGGUAGUAUUAAUUCCUGUCAGACACUUGGAGGCCUGGGGACAGGUGUGAGCUACCAGGACUCAAUUCGUCGCUGCAGCCAGAGGAAGAAGAGCGAUAUGCUGCUGUUGGGUUGUGCCUCCCUGCUUGCCUCUGUGGGUCUGGGAACAGACCUGCUGCAGCUGGGAAAACUGCAGGUGCUUCAGGAUGAGCAGGAUCUCAGAGAGGAGCAGCGAAAGAAGAAGGAGGGUCUCUUCCAGCGGACAGCCCGUUUCCGUCGCAGCACCUCUCCUCCUAGCAGAAACCUCUCCCUGACCCUCUCGAGACAUCAUGACGCUGUGCUCCCCUGCAUGGACCCGUCUCCAUCUGUGACACUCCUCUCUUUGUCCUCUCUUUCUGACUGCAACUCCACCAAGUCCCUUCUCCCCUCUGACCCAGAUGAGUACCCCCUGACCCCAAUGACCGUGGUCAAAAUGCCGGCCGCGUCCCCCGCUCCUGCUCUCAACCCACUUUUGGAUCUGCGGGCUGAGAGCUUUAAGAAGGAGCCCAACCAGUCGCUUACACCUACCCAUGUGUCUGCAGCCAUGGCUCUGAAUAGAGGACACAGACGCACCCCUUCGGACGGGGCAAUUCGACCCAGAGCCCAAACUCUGGGACACCGUAGAACACCAUCAGAUGGGAGCAUGCCCAUGCCUCCUCCACCUGGAGUAUUGCACAUCAAUACAAGCAAAGGGACACCGGACACUUUGGACAUUCCUCGACUCCCAGACCCCUCCAUUAUCUUUCCAGUCCCCCAACGACGCAAAGCUCCCGCUCCUCCUAUUCCCGACCCAGAUCCUCUCAUCAGUCCUCUGGAGAGACCCAAGACUCUAGAGUUUGCCCCCCGGCCACGACCCACACCGGCCAGGAUAAGACCUGACCCUUGGAAACUGGGUUCUCUGUCCCGGACCCUGAGCUCGUCUCCAGGCAGCAGCUGCGACAGCCCCCUUGGUUCAGGGGACAGCAGCGCCAGCACUGCACGGCCCAACCUGAUGGACAUGGACAUGGAGGGCCAGAAUCUGGACCAAACGGUUCCUCUGUGUGGGCAGCGGCAGCCUGCCACUCUGUGUGGACAACAAUACUCGUAGUGAAAAAAAAUAAAUAAAUAAAAUAAAAAAAUAACAAAACAAAAAAAUAAAAAACCAAACCAUUUUAGAGUCAACUUUUUUCUUAUUUUUUUUUCUUUUUAUUUUAUUGCAUUGAGACCUGCCACAGGACAUUGGGGCCUGGGUUGAAUAAGGAACGCCUACUGAUGUCUGAGCCGAGUAAAGUGCACUCAAUGACAUUUGCAAAAACAUCCCACUUCUUGUCAUGUUUUAGGCACUUUGUGGAAGCUACUCCUCUCAUGUGUCCUGAAAAGGUGUGAAACCCUUCCAGCAUUCCCUGGUUGUGCUUUUUAACCUGCACGAUGCUGAGGGUCCAAGAGGUCUUUUAAAAGCCUUGUAGUGUGCUCUUCCACCCCACCUUACCCAUCUUUCCCUCCUUGGAGGCCAUUUCCACCUGUUGCUGGAGGUGGCAUUUUCUUAAAAAGCCACAUUUUGACUUUGAUAACUGGCCAUUUUAAUCCAUCUACUUGUGCUUUUGCCUGUCUGUGUACCUUUGCACAUUUCUGCUUGCAUCUUUCUGGUCUCUGAUUCAGAAGAGCAGAAAAAAAAAAUCACAAUUUCAUGUCUGUUGUUUUAGGAGUAUUAAAAAGAGGAGCUGGACCACUUUUUUUAUAGAGUGUCUUUGUUCUCAUUUUGCACACUGUUUGUUUAGCUGGUACACAAACCUCUUCCAUAAACUCUCCUCCAUCAGCCCUGCCUUCACCAUUGCCCAUGACAUCUCUCUGCAUGGCAGUCAUCAUCCUCUUUCUCACUAACAGAAGACAGGAAACAGCAUUUUUUUUUCUCAGCACUGGUGGACUGGUUACAUCUUCAGCCUUGUACAGUAAAAAAAAAACAGAGUUUAUUUUCUCAGUGCUUGCAACCUGUUUGUAAAAAAUUUUUUUUAGUGGUUUGCCAGCCCAUGUGUGUUUCUCUUGGUGUGAAUGUGCACACUGUAUACUGUUAUACAUGGAUGAACAAAGUGGGUCCAUUUGUGUAUGCUGGUGCUUUUCAGUGCUUUCUGUUUUAUGUAAGGAUGGCUUGCUGUAUAACACUCUACAUGCAGCAUUUUGUUUAUGGUGGCCACACAUAUGCUCUUAUUUGUUUGUAUUAUUUUAUUUAUUUUUUAAAUGAAAGCAUUCCUCUUGCAGUCAGUAUCAUGUUGCACAGAUCCCACUCAUUCCAUUAAAAUUGAUGUUUACUUAAUUUCAAGCUUAAUGUCCUCAGACCUGCUGACCUGUUGUCUUCCACAUCAGUGGCACUUUAGGGGCAACGUUGUACAACCAGCUGGUCUCUCUGUAGACUCAAAAGUCACAGUCGACAAAUCAACUUUUUUCUCCAGAGCUGUGGACAGUUUAUUGGCUGCAGAUGAUGUUUGCUUGACUGUCCGAAUUCUAUAGGGGAGUGUGUGAGAGAGUGGAUUUCAGUGUGUGUGUGUGUUACUGUUUGUAUGGGAUCAUGACAAUCCCAUUGGUAGAGGAGUGAGCCCGAACUCAUUCUCUUUGUGCAGUUAAGAACAUUGAGUAUUUAUUGAAUCUAUUGUUAUUGUGGGAAAUGAUUAAUUAUUAUUUCAGUGCUUUUCCUGGGACAUCUGUAUAUAUUUGUUAAUAUAAGAGGAAAAACCAAGGAAAACCUGGGAAACUGCUUUUUUGGAACACCCAUAUUGUCUUCAGUCUUAACCUGUGACAUGUCUGGGUUCAGUGAGAAGUUAGUGUGACUUGUGAUGAAUGAGAGGCAAAUAAAAAUAACAACAAAAAACAAACAAACAAACAAACAAAAAAAAAAACCAAUAAAACAAAAGACAGAUGGUUUAAUGUCAUUACAUCUGGUUUUAUUAUUGUCAU